AGGGCAGUCUUCAGUUCUUGAUCUUAAGAUGAAAGAUAACAAUAAAAUAUUGAAGAUCAAACUUCCGGAAACAAGUAAUUCGAAUUUCACAAAGAUGGUAAUGAGAGCUGCGGUGGCUAGGAUUUCUCAAUCAGUUGGGUUUCGUGGCUGCAGUCAAUCUGUGUUGGAUAUUUUUACAAGCGUCGCAAGCAAGUAUCUUGGAGCCCUAGCCCAGUCUGCCGCCAAAUCCGCCGCAUUAUCUGAUCAGUCAUCGUCGCCAACAUGUAACCUUCUAGACAUCUUGUAUGCCCUAGAGGACCUCAACUCUAACCGUGGUUUUACAGGCGCAUCUGAUAUCACUCGACCAAUCCUAAACUCCUCAUUAUUAACUGAUCUAAUCAGGUUUUCAACAUCCAUACAAAUAAAUAAGUCUAUUAAGCCAAUUGUCAUCCUUCAUGAACAACAACAGCAACAACAGCAGCAGCAGAAGCAGUCCAGUGAUUGUGGUUUGAACAUUACAGAAAACAUGAAAAGAUAUUCUCAUAUCCCGGAUUGGCUUCCACCGAUUCCAGACAUGAAGUUAUUAUGUGAUGAUGAUAACAAGAGCAGGGCAAGGGAUGAUGUUUUAUUUGGACAGAUAACAACAACAACAGAAGAAUUGUUAUGCAGUGGAUUUGGGAAUACUAAGCUGGAGGCAACGAAAUUACCAAACAAGAGAGAAAAUGUUAGAUUUAAGAUGGGUGGGAAAUGUGUGAAAAGGUUGAGACCACCAUUGAAUAUCAUGGGCAUCAAUGGGGUUAGUUGUUUUAAUAGUAGUAAAGUGAGUGAACCCGGUAAUGGUGUAGUUGACUUGAAGAGUGGAGUUUGCAACCAAAAUCUGCUGGAGAAGAAGAAGAAGGAGGAGGAGCCAAACAAUUUGCAAGCCAUUCAUCAUCUUCAAUUCAACACGACCAAAUUUGUUCAAUAGUCUUUGACAAUUAGAUUAUAUUUAGUUUAUAGUAUAUCUUUUGGUUAGUCUCAAGUCUCAACAAUGGCCAACUCAAUUGUGUUGUUAAUCUCACAAAUUUUGAUAUGAGUAAUCCUCUGAAAUCAUUGAGAUUCUUGUUAUGUUUAUCAAAAUAACACCAAAAAGGCUCAAUGGGUAUGUUUGAUUUCUCUA